CUGCUCCCCGGACCCCACUCCCCGACUCCCGCUCACCGGGCCAUGGGUGCAGAGCUGCUCCGGCCCCCUGCUGCCGGAAGUGCCCGCCUCGCUUCCGGCUCGAAGCCACGCCCCCGGCGGCGGCGCGCAUAUUCAGAAGGCGCGCGCGGAACCCCAGCCAGCGGAGACCGGUAGUGAGCCGGAACCCAAGGGGACCAUGGGUGCCUCCAGGCUCUACACCUUGGUACUGGUGCUACAGUCUCAGCGAAUUCUCCUGGGCAUGAAGAAAAGAGGCUUUGGGGUGGGCCGGUGGAAUGGCUUCGGGGGCAAAGUUCAAGAAGGAGAGACCAUCGAGGACGGAGCCAAGAGGGAGCUGCAGGAGGAGAGUGGUCUGACCACAGACGCGCUGCACAAGGUGGGCCAGAUCGUGUUUGAGUUCGUGGGUGACCCUGAGCUGAUGGACGUGCACAUCUUCUGCACACACAGUGUCCAGGGGAUGCCUGUGGAGAGCGACGAAAUGCGCCCUCAGUGGUUCCAACUGGAUCAGAUCCCCUUCAGUGACAUGUGGCCUGAUGACAGAUACUGGUUUCCCCUCCUGCUUCAGAAGAAGAAAUUCCACGGGUACUUCAAGUUCCAGGGUCACAACACCAUCCUGGAGUACAUGCUGCGCGAAGUGGACGAAGUCUAGGGGCAGAACCGUGCUCGCCCUCCGGGCCCAGAGAUUCGGCUGCUCACAGCUGCACCAUCGAUGUCCCGAGUCAGGGUUUACAUUUUCCGUUUGGAACACCAUUGGACAGGAAGGAAAAUAAAUAUCUUUUACCUUUUCAACAUUGUUCACCCAGCCCCACCAUAGCCAGCCAGUCACAUCCUCAAGAAGCCACCAGGCGUGCUGGGCUGUGCCCCAUGCCACUGGACACACAUGGGAGAGGAAGAGAUACAAGCCCUCGGGGUGAAGAGGACAGCUUUUCUGACUGUCCCCAUGGUGGACAGCUGGUGGGAAAGGGCUGGGCAGUGAUUUGCUCACUGCCACAGGCUCUUGGUGGAACCACAGGGUGGGGCUAGAAGGUGUGUUCUCCUCUCUCACCACCCCCCCCCCUUAAAGGGGAAACUGAGACACAGGGCCCAGUGUUAACAGCCAGACCUAAUGCAUCAUAGGCUAGUCACUUUCCCUUAGCCCCAGAGGACGGGGCCCUUGUCCUGGUUUCUGACCACUGGGAAGAGGGGAGUCACCACCCACUUACACAAAGAACUCACAACUUUACCCAACUCUUAUAAAUAUAUUUAAUAAUA